AAAAGAAAGAAUUUUUAGUAUAAAUAGAAGUUACUAUUUUAAAAAACAUAACUCGAAAGACGAAAAGACCUUUGAUGGCAAACAUUUCCUUAAGCUGUCUGUAAGCUACUGCUAUAAACUUCCCGAUCUACCCCUACGCUUUCCACUUAAUUACGAUAAACAUCUAUCUACCUUCCUGUCUCAACAAACCUCACUUCCCUUCUGCUUACUGCUUACACAGUAGUAUCUAUUUAUUCGGCGACUCGCCGCCGCUUCACCGAGUGACUCAUCCCCCGCCAUGGCCGAGCAGUGUAGAGCCCGGAAAGACGACGCUUUCUUGCUCGCCUACAGCGACGAUGAGCUCCGCACUGCCUGUGAGUUUCUCACUAAUUGGAUUCCCUUUCUCUCCCGAGGGCUGUGUCAGCCGUGUGUUCGCACUCUCUCCGAUCGCAUCCGAUCUCUCGACCGCGAAGAUGGUGGAGGGGGAGUGCUCCCCAAGCAGCAAGAGGAUGUUGCGGUUUCGACAUCGGAAAAUAGGGGAUUGAAUGGGUGUUAUGAGAACUGUGAUACUUAUUCUAUUGGGAGUUGGAAGGAUGGUGCGGAUUUCAAUGAUACUGUUGAUACACAUUCACUGGGGAGUUGGAAGGACGAGGCAGAUGGGAGUCCAGAGCCAGUGUCUGAGGUUUCUAUACAAGGAAACUCGACUGGGAGCUGGAAAGAUGGGCCAUCGCGGAGUUCUGGAAGGGCGUUGAUGAGAGAAAAAUUCGGUACCCCUGUGUUGGCUGGCAGGCGAGGAGGGGUGAAGAUGUCGUGGGCUGAUAUGGCUCAGGAGGACGAGCCUGAGGUGGGUGAGGAGACUGUUUCGAGUUUGCAGUUGGAUAAUGGGAGUGGUUUGUCCUGGGAGGGAGCGUCCGAGGAUGAGUCCAAGCCAAAAUCGAAGCUGUCAAGGGAGCAAAGAGAGUACAUCCGGUUUAGUAAUGUGAAGAGGAAGAAGGAUUUUAUAUGUUUGGAGAGGAUCAAUGGGAAAAUUGUGAACAUACUCGAUGGCUUGGAGAUACAUACGGGUGUUUUCAGUGCUGCAGAGCAAAUUAGGAUAGUUGAUUACGUGGAAACACUCAAAGAGAUGGGAAAGAAUGGGCAGCUAAAAGAUAGAACUUAUACUGCACCGCACAAGGGGAUAAGGGGCAAGGGGCGAGUGACUAUUCAGUUUGGUUGCUGCUAUGACUAUGCAACGGAUCAAAAUGGCAAUCCCUCGGGUAUCCUCAAAGACGAUAUUGUUGAUCCUAUACCUCAACUUCUGAAAGUCAUGAUCAAAAGGCUUGUUAAGUGGCAUGUGAUACCUCCAAACUGCAUUCCUGACAGUUGUAUUGUGAAUAUUUAUGAAGAGGGAGAUUGCAUGCCACCUCAUAUUGAGAAUCAUGAUUUUCUUCGCCCUUUUUGUACUGUUUCAUUCCUUAGUGAAUGCAAUGUACUUUUUGGAUCUAACUUAAAAGUCGUGGGUCCUGGCGAAUUUGACGGUCCAAUUGCAAUCUCCCUGCCAGUGGGAUCUGUUAUUGUCUUUAAUGGGAAAGGAGCUGAUGUGGCUAAACAUUGUGUUCCGGCAGUUCCUACCAAAAGGAUCUCAAUUACUUUUAGGAGAAUGGACGAAUCCAAACGACCAGUUGGAUAUGUUCCUGAUCCUGAUUUGCAAGGUCUUCAGCCUCUAUCAUAUGAAGUAGACAAAUAUAAGAAACCAAAGACGGUGAAACCAAGGCGCUCUAUGAAGAAACAGGUGGUCAGACAAGAGGAGAGUGCAGGCAAAAUAAGAAGAUCAAUAGAAAGGAGCUUAGAGCUCCGACACUCGGGCCAAACCCAACAAUGGCAUGCAAGUAGGCAAAGGGUGAGGGUGGAUUUGGAAAGGUCAGCCGACCAUUCUUAUACUCGAACAGUAAAGUUUUAACCGUCAUCUCUUACAUUGAAGGGGUUAUGGUGCAGAAGUGCAGUGUUGCAUUAGUUUUAGGUUUGUGGUGUGGGUUGCCUACUUUGCCACUGCAUCAUUUACAUGUAUACUCCAUAGACAUUUGGCAUAUUUUUUCAUUGCAUUCUUGCAUAUUAUCACUGGCUGUGGCUUGCCAGUUUGAUAAAAGAAUGCAAAGCCACGAAGAAGGGUAAUUGAAGCCUUUUGAUUGAUUCAGACCAAUACUUUGUAUGAGUGUUCAUCCUUCUCAUUGAUAAUUUGAGUGCAUUUUCAGUUUUUCACUGAUAAACCCAAAUUGUUGACAUAAAACUACUGGAGAAAGAUGGUGAAUAUUGAGCAGUGUUGAUAUGUUUACUC